AUGCCUUUUAUGGAUCAGAUGCUUCACCGGCUAUCAGAAAGAGGGAGGUACAACUUUUUGGAUGGAUAUGGUCGAAGACUCUAUGGAGGUGUUCAUGGAAAACUUCUCAGUUGUAGGGGAUAUGUUAGAAGAGUGCUUGACUCACUUAGGACAAGUACUCCGAAGAUGCGUGGAAACGAAUCUGGUUCUGAUUUGGGAGAAAUGUCACUUUAUGAUUUUGCAAAUUACAUUGUGUGUGAGCUGAUGCCGGAUGAGUUGACCUUUUACCAACAGAAAAAAUUCCUGUUCGAUGUUAAAAAGUACUUUUGGGACGAACCAUACUUGUUCCAUGAGCGUGCUGACCAUAUCAUCAGAAGGUGUAUUCCGGAAGAAGAAGUGGUAGAAAUUCUCCAUGCUUGCCAUACAUCUCCAGCGGAGGUCACCAUGGUGGUAUUCGCACCGCCGCUAAAGUACUCCAGAGUGGAUACUACUGGCUGUCACUCUACAAGGAUGCACAUGAGUUUGCAAAGAAAUGCUCUAAAUGUGGAAGCCAUCACACUUCCUAACAACGAAGGAAAAAGCGUUGUCCAAUUCCUGAAACGCUACAUCUUCGCAAGAUUUGGCACUCCGAGAGCAAUCAUUAGCGAUGGGGGAUCCCAAUUUUGCAAUAUGUGGUUCUCAAUGGCACUGAGUAAAUAUAGGGUGAAACACAAAAUAACAACCCCAUAUCAUCUCCAAACAAGUGGCCAAGUCGAAGUGUCGAAUCGGGAUAUCAAAAGCAUAUUGGCAAAGACAGUAAUUAUCAAUAGAAUUGACUGGUCUAGGAAACUCGAUGAUGCACUAUGCCCAUAUCGGACUGCUUACAAAACACCUAUCGGGAUGUCUCCAUAUCAGUUGGUUUAUGGUAAGGCCUGUCAUUUUCCCGUCGAGUUAGAACACAAAGCAUUGUGGGCAUUGAAAGCUUUAAAUUUGGACUAG